GACACUGCGUUAUUAAUCUUAAAAAACCCCAAACGGAUUAACAUUUUUUUUUUUGACAAACUGGGACACUGUAGCGAUUACGAAAUGUUCUUGCAGCAUUUUCCCAGCUAGCGCUCGGCGAUUUUAUUUUAUACUUCUUGACUUGAAGUCUUGACUUCAGUUCUUGACAACAAUACUAAUAAAAAAAACAGCCCAAAGAAACGGGCAACCUGAGAUACAGCAUGGACUACGAAAGACCCAAUGUGGAAACCAUCAAGUGCGUCGUCGUUGGAGACAAUGCCGUGGGGAAGACACGUCUUAUAUGUGCCCGGGCCUGCAAUACCACCUUGACCCAGUACCAGCUACUGGCCACCCAUGUCCCCACUGUCUGGGCUAUUGACCAGUACAGGGUCUGCCAGGAGGUGUUAGAGCGAUCCAGAGAUGUCGUGGAUGAUGUCAGUGUGUCCCUCAGGCUGUGGGACACCUUUGGAGACCACCACAAGGACAGACGCUUUGCCUAUGGCAGGUCUGAUGUGGUGGUUCUCUGCUUUUCCAUCGCCAACCCAAACUCUCUCCAUCAUGUCAAGACCAUGUGGUACCUGGAGAUCAAGCACUUCUGCCCACGUACACCUGUCAUUCUUGUAGGGUGUCAGCUGGAUCUACGCUAUGCAGACCUUGAGGCUGUCAAUCGGGCUCGGCGACCCCUGGCGAGGCCUAUAAAACCUGGGGACAUUCUUCCUCCUGAGAGAGGAAGGGAUGUGGCCAAAGAGUUGGGGAUUCCAUAUUAUGAGACAAGUGUCUUUGAUCAGUUUGGCAUCAAAGACAUCUUUGACAAUGCCAUUCGAGCUGCUCUCAUCUCCAGGCGCCACCUUCAGUUCUGGAAGUCCCAUUUGCGAAAGGUUCAGAAACCCCUCUUGCAGGCACCCUUCUUGCCCCCAAAAGCUCCUCCACCACUAAUCAAGAUCCCAGAGUGUCCAUCCAACAAUCGGGAUGGCCCCAGGCAGCUGCUGGAAAACCCUCUCUGUGCUGAUGUCAUGUUCAUUCUUCAGGAGCACAUUCACGUAUUUGCCCACAAGAUCUACCUGUCUACCUCAUCCUCCAAGUUCUACGACCUCUUCCAGAUGGACCUCUCUGAUGAGUCCUCGUGCCUGGUGAUGACAGUGCGCCAUGACCGGGAAUAUCCGAUGCGGGCCCUCAGCCUGGACACAGAGGAGGAUGUGGCCGUGCUGCCCAACCUCUCCCCCUGCUCACUUCGUGCCUCUAAGAGUGAUGGCACUCUGAAGAUGGUGAACUUCAACAGGCAGCACCAUCGUACCAAGCUGUCUCUUGGCUCGUGGAGCAAGGCCUUCUACAGCAUGUACAAAGAGACUGUCGUCAACCCAGUGACAGGUAGCCUGACUCCCAUGACAGUGGUGACAAUGGACCACUCCAUCCAGCUGGGGCCGUUCAGUGCGGUGCUGCGCUUCCUGUAUACGGGGGAGCUCGAUGAGAAGGAGAAGGACCUGAUGAAGAUUGCUCAGAUUGCAGAGAUCCUGGAGGUUUUUGAUCUGAGGAUGAUGGUGGAGAACAUCAUGAAUGAAGAGGGUUUCAUGAAUCAGGAAAUUACAAAAGCUUUCCAUGUGAGAAAGGCCAAUAGAAUUAAGGAGUGUCUGGCCAAGAACAAUUUCACAGAUGUGAUGUUCAGGCUGGAUGAUGGAACCAUCGAAGCCCAUAAACCUUUGCUGAUCUCCAGUUGUGAUUGGAUGGCUGCUCUGUUUGGUGGCUCAUUCAUUGAGAGUGCAAACAAUGAGGUGUCUUUCCCCAACACCAGCAGGGUGUGUAUGCAGGCAGUGCUGGAGUACCUCUACACAAAUCAGCUGUCACCCAUGGCUGACUUGGACCCAAUGGAGUUAAUCGCUCUGGCAAACAGACUGUGCCUUCCCCGCCUCAUCGCCCUGACAGAACAAUACGCGGUGGCUGAGCUGCUGAAGGCCUCCAGGGUUGGGCAAGACAUAGAUGGCGAGGUCCUCACCUACCUGGAGCUUUCACAGUUCCAUAAUGCCAACCAACUUGCUGCUUGGUGCUUGCACCACAUUUGCACUCAUUACAAUAGCAUAUGUGCCAAUUACCUCAAGGAGGUCAAGUCCAAAUCAGCAGAGAACCAGGAAUAUUUUGAGAAGCACCGUUGGCCACCAGUCUGGUACCUGAAGGAGGAAGACCACUAUCAACGCGUGAGGAAGGAGCGGGAAAAGGAGGACCAGGUCUUGAAAAAGCACUACUCACGCCGUCGCUGGUGUUUCUGGAGCACCUCUCCUGUGGUGGCCUGAGAGAGAGAGAGAGAGAGAGAGAGCAAGCGAAACAGUGCCUCUCUCUAGGCCCUCCCUACUAACAUUUAAUGUCUUAACUUUCAAACAAUGCACUGGCAUCUACUUUUCUUUUCUACUAGCAUAUAGGUCAAGGCAGGUGUCCAAAAGUUUCAAAGCACAAUCUGUGUCCUAAUAAUGCAGGCCAAUAUAUUGUAUGUUGUUGUCCAGUGAACUUCAGUUAAUGGUAACUGAAUACGACAUCAUAGCAUUAUUUCACUGUAAGGGUUGUAUAAGGAGAAAAAUAUAAUCUGUUUUGGAGUUGUUUGCCUCAUGGCAAAGUCCUGUCGAUGUCACUAGACAUCACCGGGGAAAGGGAAUGUCAGAAUGUUCCCCAGAAUCAGUCUUAUUUUCACUGUCUGAUGCUGACCUGCUUCUCUGCUCUAGGCAAAACACUUUUCUGCAGCUAUCCAGGUGGUAAACUCUUACGCUACAAAUCACAACAAACCCAUGCCUGAACUGAAUAGCAGUUUAGUAGAAUCAGCAAUGUAGAACAUUUGCAUUAUGAGCGUUAGCGUUAGAAGUCUUUCUGACUCUUUCCACCGAUAUGGUCUUUGUGACACUUGUGACCUCAAAGAUGGGAACUUGGUGUUGCCUGGUGAGCGAACUCAGCUGUAGAGUGUACAUCGUGAUUGAGUUUACAGCAGCUCCUCUUUUGUACCAGCUCUAAGUAAUAAAACAUCAGAAACUUCAAAUGCAAUAACUCAUUCACUGUACAUCGCAAGGGCCAAGUCGCACCAGAGGACAGCUGCUGUUCUGGUGCCAGGGAAUCGCCAUAGCUCACCUGGCUAGUUCCGUGUGUUCCCAUGGCCUAUUUCAUUCCUUUAGUGUACCACAGUGUAUGCUCCUAAAUGAAAGUUCACUCUUAUUUUUUAGAAGGGCUUAGCACUAUGACUUAGUUCAGGGUUUACUUGAAACCAAACUUAACCGGCAAAUGUACCCAUCCAUAACCAUCGAUUACAUAUACUACCUUCACUGUGCUAGUGCUAGAAGUUCCAUAUACUGUAGUGGACUGUAACGUUGUUAACACAUUAAAGAUUGUUGUUAAAGGUUAAAGAAACUAUAGAUAAUCUCAGAGGUUUUAUGAUGGAUAUGUGAAUGGGAAUGUGCAAAAAAGGCUGAAAUAAGCUUUUGCUUUUAGAUUGAUGAACAAUGAGGCUUUCUGCUGUUCAUAGUUAGUGUUGGUCAGCAUACUCUUGGUAUAUGUACCCUAACUGUUAAGAGCACGUGAGUGUUUGUGUCCAGAGCUGCAUACAUUGCUCAUGUAACCUGAACCGGGCAGAGCCAGGUGGGUUAACUUGCCUGUGGGUAAAAGGGAAACUUAAUACUUGAAAAUAAUAGAAUGUUUUUGUCACUAGUCCUGUAGGUUGUCUUUAGUUUACAAAAAUAAAAAGUAAAUAACGAUGCUCACUAGAUGCAAUGUGAUUGUUCUAUUUUGGUGAUUUGGCCAGAAUUGGUGUUGAGUGUCAUUACCUGCUACAAACCAAGUGGCUGGUUCAUUUGGUUCAUGCUGUCAAAGGCCUUUGAUCUUGCUGGACAUUACUCUUAAUGUUGGUUGUUUAUUAAGGUAUGUAUUUGUUUAAUUAUUUUAUAUACAAAGUAUUUAAUAAAUAAUACAUUUACUUA